GCGUCGGUAAGUCUUGAGACUGAAUAAUAAGUAUACCUAGAAAUAGUUUCGCUGCAUAUUAUAAAAUACUUUCUAUCUGCUGUCUACAACUUUUUCUACUCUUCACACUCUUUGUGCUCAGCUACAAAAAAAAAAAAAAAAAAAAAAAGGUAAAAGCUAUAAAUACCGAAUAUACAGUAACGCUACAGUAAUAAAAGUAAAGGAGAGAGAGAGAAAAGGGGCCUAAGCCUACUACCUCUCGAGUACCGGGUACACUCGAACCCGUGGUUACAGGAUAAAAUUCAUUUGUCUCAUAAGACAUCGCUCUAGUAUUCUUGUCCUUCUUUAUUUCUCUACCCACUAUCAUUUCUUGAUCUAAUCAGCAAAGUAGUUUAUCUUACACGGUAAAAUUGCUUGCUAAAAUGACGGGAGGACGAGGAAAAUUCAGCGAUCCGGGUAAACAGAAAAGACCAGGUGAACAUAUAGAAAGAUCCAACUCCAGCGAGGAAGAAAGAGAAUCGAGAUUCCAUUUUCAAUCACCAUUGAACCUGCUGUUUAACACAGGAAGUGGGGCUGAGGAUAUCGGUCUAGAGGAUCUGGGGGCAACCAACGCCAACAGCACCGAGCCGCCAGCGGGAUCCACCGGGGCGAUACCCAAGAAUAAACGCUACAGCCGCGACUCUCGUCAACAGACCGAGCAUGUGCAACCCGCGCUGCCCUUACAUGAUACAGAGGACCGUCGAUCACCGCGUAGACGACCCACGCGACAAGCAAUACGCCCGAGACCUGAAGACUAUGAAUUUCCGGGUGAGAACGACAUGGACUACGAUCCACGAGCUCCAGCACCCAUACGAGCAACUACCCUGCUGAACAUGAUGCAUAAAUGGCAUGUACAGUUUAGUGGUGCACUCGACGAGGACGUCGAGAACUUCAUCAUGAGAUUCGAUGAAGGUUUAAGUAUGGUUACAGUGAGAGAUGAGGAUUUAAUUAAAGCCAUCCCCUUCUCUCUACGUGGUGCGGCUUUGAUUUGGUAUCGAGGUCGUGUAAAGAAAGCCAUGAGAUCCAGGUUUGCAGAUCCAGACUACCAGAUGUCGUUACGUGAAGAGAUCUCGAAUCGCACACAGGCCCGCGAAGAGCCAAUAAGCCAGUACAUCGCCUGUAUGAAUGGCUUAUUUUCACGUACUGAUCCGCCAUGGCCAGAGGUAGAACGGAUUAGAUACACGCACCGUAAUAUGCUACCGUCGCUCCAGUUAGUUAUUCCAGUGUAUGACUGUCAUUCCAUGGACGAGUUGGAGAGUCGUGCUAUACGCCAAGAGCGUAUAAUACAGCGUGCGAGUAAUUAUAGACCACCACCAUUACCUCGCAACUCAAUGUGUCCCUCAUUUGCAUAUCAAGAGCAACCGAGACACUCACGGCAACGGAACAAUAUAGGAGAUAGAGCUCCAGAGCACCGUGAUCGCGAUCGACGUCACCAUCGAGUCGUUCAACUGAGAGCAGUUCAAGAUGAUAGAGAAGAAGACGAGGAUGACGACUACUCAGAAGAUGAGAUCCUCGCUGAACACCUCGACGCGCUCCAGAUGAGGAAACAUGGCCGUCAAGCUAAUACUAAUUACCAGAAGUUCUCAGAGAGAACAAAACGGCCAGUUAAAGCAAACGACACUAGGGCUACAAAAGAUUUACCAGAGCCCCUAGCAUCUAGUAUUGUUACAGAUCACGAAAAGCCGGAAACCGAGAUUCCAGCUCCAGUUUUAGCACCACCAGCUAACGAGUUCCGAUGCUGGAACUGCGACAAGACAGGGCACCGUCACAGAAAUUGUCCUGACCCUCGACGACGUUUUUGCUUCAAAUGUCGAGCUUCCGGAGUGACAACAUCAAGCUGUCCUUUCUGUAAUCCGGGAAACGAGAAGAAGUGA